CACCAAUGCAUCGUGACACCGCUUGAUACUUUGAAAGUAUUUUUAUCUUAUUCAUCUGAGAAAUUCGUAUGUAAAUACUUGAUUCGCGAUAAACGUUUACUUAAGCUAUGCGGGACAACAAAUUUUGUCAACAAUAUAAUCUAAACAAAUUUAUCAUUCGAUGUUCGAUGUUUAAAUCUUACCGCGUUUUAUUCUUACUGUGCGAUAACCCUGCUGACAAAUGUGCAUAGAUAGUUUAACAUACAUCAACUUUCAAAAAAUUAUUUAUAGUGUUGAUAAGAAAUAAAACAGAAUGUAAAGUGGUGAAGUUUUAGAAAGUUACACGAUUUAACAAGAUAAACACAAUGUGUAUACACUAGAUAUAUUUCACUGAGAAUUGCUUACAAAGUGAUAUUUUCUUCCGGUCUAAUAAUAGUAUCCUAACCUGCGAAAGAGGUAAACACGUAAAGGGUCGAACAUAACAAAAACCAACAGCAAGAUGAUGUUUAGGAAAUUUAAUUUUCGCUCUGUGAUGAUGAUAAAAGAAAUCUUGCAGAAUAAAACGUACACAGUUAAAUACUUAUGCGAUAAGUUUGAUAAAUUUCGGAUACACGCUAACACCAGAAGUCUACACGAUUACUUAGCAAUGACGCACCGGGACAUCCCAUCAGAUAUAUCGUUCCGAUUGCCACCGGAAGUAAGACCAUUGACUUAUGUUCUGUACCUUCAUCCAGACCUAGAAAAAGGAACCUUUGAAGGUCGAGUGUCGAUCUUACUCGAUAUUCGAGACAAACGGAAAUACAUCGCGCUACACCAAAAGGAAUUGAACAUUAGCUCGGUUAAUUUGGAUUUACGCCAAAACGACAGAAACCACAACAUCGAGAUAAAAGAGUCUUAUCCUCUGGACGAGCACGAGUUUUUCAUCAUCACGCCGAAUCAAGAGCUGGUCAUUGGCGUGUACACUCUCACUCUGACAUUCUCUGGGUCGCUUCAGGAUAAAAUCGUUGGCUUCUAUUCUAGUAAAUACAAGGAUGAAAAAAAUGAAACCAGAACUAUCGCCACCUCAAAAUUCGAGCCCACCUAUGCAAGAAGAUCGUUCCCUUGUUUCGACGAGCCAGCAUUCAAGGCGGAGUUUGUCAUAAAAUUAGUGCACCCAACCGGCAACUGUUACAGCGCAUUAUCGAAUAUGAACGUCAGGAGUACUGAAGUCGACGAACCAGCACCUGGACUAACGACAGUUACAUUUGCCAAGAGUGUACCGAUGUCGACGUAUUUAGCUUGCUUCGUCGUUAGUGAUUUCGUGGCUGUAACGAGAAACGCAAAGGGUAUGAAGGAGAGAACAUUCCCCAUCAGCGUUUAUACCACGAGGGCGCAGAAAGAGAAAGCAACUUUUGCACUGGAUAUCGGCGUGCAAAUAAUCGAGUAUUACAUCAAACUUUUUGAUAUCGACUAUCCUUUACCGAAACUCGACAUGGCUGCUAUUCCGGACUUUGUAUCUGGCGCGAUGGAGAACUGGGGUUUGGUGACAUACAGGGAAGCUCGACUUCUUUAUGAUAAGAAAACUACGUCUACUGCAAAUCGAGAGGACAUUGUUAUGGUUAUUGCUCACGAAUUUGCACACAUGUGGUUUGGCAACCUAGUAACGAUGCGAUGGUGGAACGACCUUUGGCUAAACGAAGGCUUUGCAACGUUUAUGCAAUUCAAAAGUUCUGAUGCUAUACUUCCAGAAUGGCAUUUUAUGGACAGCUUUUUAUUGGAUGAACUGCAUCCGGCUAUGGUAACCGAUUCAAAGCUAAGCUCUCAUCCCAUCGUUCAAACAGUCAGUAAUCCAGAUGAAAUAACUGCAAUUUUCGACGUUAUAUCGUAUCAAAAGGGAGCGUCUAUCUUGAGGAUGUUAGAAAAUUUCGUUGGUCCUGAUGUCUUUUACCGAGGUGUCACCGAAUACUUGAAGAAAUUUGCAUUUGAAAACGCAGAAACUGUUGACCUCUUCGAUAUACUGCAAGAGACUUUGGGCACACAUAUUAAUAUCAAUGCAAUUAUGGACACGUGGACCAGACAGAUGGGCUUUCCUGUCGUUAACGUCACCAAGCAUAAACUCAGCUACACCUUGACGCAGAAGAGGUUCUUGGCAAAUCGCAACAGUACUUUCGAUCCUUCCGAAUCAAAUUUUGGCUACAAAUGGACCAUUCCGAUCACGUACGUCACGAGUGAAAACUCGACUCCGACUUUAAUCUGGUUUGACAAAGACGCACCCAAUCUGGUCAUCAAACUAGACGAACCCGUUGAUUGGAUUAAAUUCAAUGCUGAUCAGGUCGGAUACUAUCGCGUAAAUUAUAAUCAAUCUGAAUGGGAAUCUUUAAUGAACGUUCUUCGCUGGAGUCAUAAGCGCUUCUCCGUAGCUGACAGGACGCAUCUUCUAGAGGAUGCCUUCAGUUUGGCAGACGCAGGUCUAUUGGACUACGCCACGGCACUAAAUAUCACUCUUUACCUCGGCAACGAAAAACACUUUUCUCCGUGGUACGUCGCCAACAACAAAGUGAGAGCUAUAGAUAUGCUCCUUUCGUCAACGGACAUUUCGACGAGAUUCCGUGAAUACGUACGCGAACUUGUGGACGGAGUUUACCACGACGUGACGUGGAACGUCGACGAGAUAGAACAGCCAGACAUGCUCAAUUUGAGAACCACAGUUCUAGGCCUGGCCUGUGCGGUCGGUCACACCGAGUGCCUGGAGGAGGUCGGAGUCAUUUUCAAGGCCUGGAUCGAUGAUGAGAAAGACCAACGACCACAUCCAGACAUUCGGUCUCACGUCUAUUACUACGGCAUGAACCACGCCGGCAGCGAGACCGAAUGGAACAAGAUGUUCGACAGAUUCAUCAAUGAGUCCAACGCCGCCGAAAAGGUCAAGCUCAUGAAUGGACUGGCCGGAAUACGCUCGAGCUUCAUUCUGAAAAAGUACAUAGGCUUGGCGAUGGACGAGAACUACGUGCGUUCGCAGGACGCCUUGAACUGCUUGAGAAGCAUCUCGAGCAACCCCGACGGAACGUCCUUAAUUUGGGAUUGGGUGCGUGAGAACUGGCCAUUGCUCGUCGAGCGCUAUACGUUGAACGAUCGUUAUCUCGGCCAACUGAUACCGGCAAUUACGAAAAGCUUCUCGACCAAGGUAAAGCUCGACGAGAUGAAAGCCUUCUUUGAAAAGUAUCCAGAGGCAGGCGCGGGCGCCAUCUACAGGGCUCAAGCUCUCGAGGCCGUCGAGACGAAUAUCAAUUGGCUCGACAGCAAUAGCGCGAAUAUCGACAGAUGGCUAGAGUCACGGCCUACGCCGAGACACGUAAGUUAAGAGCCGGAGAACAAAAAAUCGCGCAUUCGAGAACAAGAACAAAAACUCGCAUCGAUUUCCACUGAGAGUGUUCCGCGAUAAUUCGUUAUCGUCCAUUUUAUCAUUGUUCAGAGUCAAAAGUUUUAUUAUUAUUGUUAAAUUAUUUCUAUCUUUGUAUAACUAUGUAUAUGUACACAUUAUAAGAAGUGAGUUUUGUACAGUAUAUACGCAAGUACCUUUAUGUUUACGCUUCAUCCCUUCCCUAGUUUCUGAGACUCGAUCUAGCGCAUGAUGAAAAAUCAGUAAGGAACGAGGGAAAGAAUUUUCACAGAGCUAAAAUAAAGAUCGAAUGUUUGUAUA